UGCGCUGGGCGGUCGUGUCGCACAUAGCGCUCACUAAAUAUCAAGUUCGAAUUUCUUUUACGAAAGUAUGUAAAGUUUUAAAACAAAAACUUGUGUACAAAUAUCGCGAAGAUCGUGCCGGUUAGUGCGUUACUAAGUAAAAACAACACAAAUAAGUAGUUUUAAGUUAUUGAAACUUAAUAGGCUUACUCGUUAUACCUGCAUGCUUCGUCCCACGACUCGUGCGAAGCGGUUACCUUUAUUGGAUAAACGAACAUUUUUCAAAUGGAUGUGUUUUUAUAUUAUGUGAUAGUGUGCGUGAUAUGUGUAAAUAAAGGACUUCAUGAGUGCAUUGCCAAGUCUGUGUCCAGUUAUUUACUCUAGUGACGUGCUUAAAAUUGUCAAGUUAAGAAAAUGUAUUUCUGCGGAGGAGAGAGGGGAAUGUUCGUUGCGCUGUUGGUCGGCUCGCUGGCAUUGGCGUCAGCUCAGUACACUAAAGCCAGAGACCAUCCUUCACAUCACGUCACGCGGUUACGACACUCGAGGCAUUUGGACGGGUACCUUCCAUUACACACUUCAGCCUUUAUACCGGCCACGUCACCGAAGCUCGCAGUGAAAGACAAUCAUAAGCCGUUGUUCACGGAAUGUCUAAACUACAAACCGACAGUGAAAGAGGAGCAACCGAUUGGUACUUAUGUAUUUACGGUUCAUGCAGAAGACCGUGACCCGCCCGAAAUGGGUGGCACAGUUACUUACAAAUUUGUCUCGACGCCUGGUGAAAAAGAAAGAUUUCAUGUCGACCCCGAAACUGGAAGAAUCACGACUGCAGAUAUAUUUGAUCACGACGAGCCAUCGCGUGAGAAGGAAGCCUACAUUACUGUUCGUGCCAGUGACAAUGGACAACCUCAGCUGGAUGAUGCUUGUACCAUUAAAAUCCUCAUCGAAGACAUCAAUGAUAAUCAGCCGGUCUUCGACAAAGUCUCGUACUCGGAAUCGGUACCUCAAGAUUUGCCGAGCGGCCGAGAAGUAAUGAGGAUUUCGGCCACGGACAUAGAUGAUGGAAACAACUCCAUCGUCCGAUACAGUUUGGAUUCCAAUUCGCCUGAUCAGGCGUAUUUUUACAUUGAUCCAGAUAACGGAGUCAUAUUUUUAAAUAAAAGCAUAGAUAAACCGCCCGGUUACAAAUUUAAAUUGAGCGCAAUAGUAAAAGACCAGGGUGAUGAUCCCCAACAAAGUUCGAUUACUUUAGACAUCCAAGUCGUGGAGUCUAACAAGAAAAGCCCGUCUUUCAUAGAAGUUCCUGAUGAACCGAUCAGAUUAAAAGAAAAUUACGCAGACUUCAAUACACCCAUAGCUACCGUCAGGGCCGUAUCAAAUAUACUGGAAGAGAAAAAACUUCAGUUUGAACUUGUUAUGGGUCAAACUGAGCAAACUAACAAGUGGCAUACCUUCGUACUGGAACCGGAAGCUGACUCAGCGUAUAUUAAACUCGGGAAUCAUCUGGAUUAUGAGAAAAUUACGGACUACACGUUAACUGUUAGAAUACAGAACAACUACAAAUUGGCUGCAGAGACUAUCAUACAAAUAGAAGUUGAGGAUGUAAAUGACAACAUCCCUAUAUUCAGUGAAAUACGGUCUGGAAGCGUACUAGAAAACGAACCACCAGGUACUCCGGUGAUGCAAGUUCGAGCCUUUGAUGCUGACGGUACAUCAGCCAACAAUCAAAUAACAUAUGAACUAGGUGACGCCUCAGACCCGUUUGCUAUUGAUAGCAUUACCGGUAAUAUUACAACACUGAAAAACUUUGAUAGAGAAGAAAGAAGUUUCUAUAAUAUUAAAAUAAUAGCCACUGAUAAUUCUGAAUCCGCACUAAUUCCGGGCAAACAUAAUGCUGGUCAGCAAGUGUUCCUUAUAGAGAUAGCUGAUAAAAACGAUAAUCCACCGCAUUUCACUCAAGACACGUACGUGGCGGAAUCUAUAGCGGAGAAUGCUAACAUUAAUGAGCUCGUCACGCAAGUUACCGCUUUGGAUAUUGAUACGGCUUCCGUCGUUACGUACAGCAUAGUAUCUGGAAACACAUACGACGCGUUUGUCAUACGUAAUUUCACCGGUGAAAUUCGUGUUAACAACGAACUCGACUACGAGAAUAUAACCAGUUAUAGCCUGGAUGUUAGGGCGUUUGAUGGCCUUUAUGAAGACUAUGCAAAGGUUCUGAUCAAAAUUGAGAAUUUGAAUGACAACCCACCUGUGUUUUUGGCUAAUUAUACAAAGACCAUUGAGGAGGAGAAGUUGUAUGAAGGAUGUAUUGUUAAGGUUGAAGCAUAUGACCCAGAUCUCGACAGGAAUGAACCCCAGAAUAUUGUCUAUUCUCUGGUCAAACAUGAGCAAAAGGAGUUCCUUCAAAUAGACAAUGAUGGGUGUCUUCGCCUGACCAAACCAUUAGACAGGGACCAACCUACCGGCUUCACUCGAUGGCAGAUCCUCAUUAUGGCCGCUGAUCAUGGUGGAAGACUUGGUUCUGACAGUCUACGGUCCACUACUGAAGUUAUAUUGGAGCUAACUGAUAUCAACGAUAACGCACCGUUUCUUACCAAUACGCAACCUGUGAUAUGGUAUGAAAAUGAGCCUCCUGGUCAAGUGGUUAUUCUCACUGCAAAGGACUAUGAUUCAACUGAGAAUGGACCACCCUUCACCUUCGCACUUAAUGAAUCAGCUAGCUUCGAUAUUCGCUCCAAGUUCCAUAUACAAGGCAACAUUCUAUCUACAUUGGUAUCUUUCGACCGCGAGCAACGAAAGGAGUACAAAAUUCCUGUAGCAAUCACAGAUUCUGGGACACCAAGAUUAACCGGGGUGUCGAUUUUACACGUCGUAAUUGGUGACAGGAACGAUAACCCAAUGUCUUCUGGAGAAAGCAACAUCUUUGUUUACAAUUACAAGGGUGAAGCUCCGGAUACGGAAAUCGGAAGGGUGUUCGUAAACGAUCCGGACGAUUGGGACCUUCCGGACAAGCGGUUUAUGUGGCUACCGUCAUAUGAGCAGAGAAGUCCGUACUUCGACGUGCAUAGUAAUACCGGGAUGAUAACUAUGAAACAGGGAACGCCGAAUGGAACUUAUCUUCUACACUUUAACGUGACAGAAGAAAAUGAACCAAUAGUACCAUUCCAUUGGGUGGAAGCUACAGUGAAUGUGACCAUCAAGGAGAUCCCAGAAGAGGCAGUUGACAAAUCUGGUUCCAUCCGGUUCAUAAAUAUAACCGCUGAAGAGUUCAUUAUACCUGAAGCUGAUGGUACCAGCAAGAAGGACAAAUUACAUCGUCGCCUCGCCCAGUUGUACAACAAGUCGCUCGAUAAUGUUGACGUAUUCACCGUAUUCAGCAAGAUGACAGUCAAAGACGAAUUCUUGGAUGUACGGUUCUCUGCUCAUGGAUCACCGUACUUCGAGCCUGAGAAACUAGAUAGCAUGGUCAUUGGGAUACAAGAUACGCUGGAAGAAGAGCUUCAAGCAAAGAUCUACAUGGUGAAGAUAGAUGAAUGUCUGAUUGAGAAAGAGCAAUGUGAAGACGCGUGUCGCAAUGUCUUGACCAAGAAUAACGUGCCGCUUUCUGUUUACACCAACACCACGAGCUUUGUAGGAGUAUCAGCAAGAGUGGAGUCAGAGUGUACUUGUGACGUUGAAGAGCCACUCGUUUGCUUGAAUGGAGGUACACCAUUCGCUGACAAAUGCGAAUGCCCCGAAGGAUGGAAUGGUCCGCAUUGUGAGCAAACAUCUAUUGCCUUCCACGGCAACGGUUGGGCAAUGUACCCAUCACCACCUGCGUGUCACGAAGGCCACGUGACCUUGACUGUAACGUCACACUCGAGUAACAGUUUGAUCUUCUACCUGGGACCGCUGAGACGUAACCUUCUUUUAGAUGUACAAGACUUCAUGUCGUUGGAGCUUGUCGACGGAUAUCCAAUCUUACUUGUCGAUUACGGUUCCGGUACUACCAAACUAAACAACAGCGUGGUGCACGUGGCAGAUGGCAAGCCGCAUUUAAUAGAAAUAGUUCUCAUGAAGAGCUCAAUUGAAAUGUUUGUGGAUAGAUGCAAAUUAUCAACGUGUAUGAGUUUGGCGGCACCAAUUGCGCCUAGGCAAAUUUUGAAUGUGAAUGGUCCACUGCAGCUAGGUGGCGCUAGUAUCGACCUGCAAGACCUUGCUCGCUCGUUCGGCUGGCAGCACGUACCAACGAACCAACACUUUAUGGGCUGCAUCAGUAAUUUUACGUACAACGAUUUUAUGUACAACCUGGGUAGACCAUCGGUAGAGGUGAAUGCAGACCCUGGAUGCCAGAAGAGCGUAUUCACUGCUGUUACGUUUGGCAUCGACACCAAUUUUCUCGUUGCUAUACUUGUGUGCAUAGCGAUAUUAGUCAUUCUUCUCCUGGCGGUGGUAGUGCACAGACGUCGAGCUGAUGCGUGGGCCGAAAAAGAAUUAGAUGAUAUUAGAGAGAACAUAAUAGCAUAUGAGGAUGAAGGUGGUGGUGAAGGCGACGCAGGAUAUGACCUGCAUGUGCUUCGGCAGAUGUAUGAUGGUCCACCUCCAGAUACCGACGUGGCCUUUUUACAGGCGCCUGGUAUGGUAGGCGCAGCGCCGGAUAUAUCCGGUUUCCUAGACGACAAGAAAUCCGUCCUAGACCGCGACCCCGAGAUCACUCCCUAUGAUGACGUCAGACAUUACGCGUACGAAGGAGAUGGCAACACUAGCGGCUCUCUCUCAUCAUUGGCUAGCUGUACCGAUGAUGAAGACCUUAAGUUCAACUAUCUGUCGACAUUCGGGCCGCGGUUCCGCAAACUAGCAGAUAUGUAUGGUGAUUCGGAUGACGAGAGAGCGCCCCAUGAGGAGUCCUGGUGCUAGCAUCACGCUUGGCUCGUGUAGCCACACCAAGUCACCUUUGUAUAGGCGUUUUUGACUAUCUGGGUUUAUGGUCAGUGAGUUUUGAGUGACCCCACCGUAAGUGACUUUGUGAUUACGCAUAAUGGCGUUUAGUGCUUAAUGAAGACGCGGGUAGAAUUGUAAUGUCCAAUGUUUUGGACAAAAUACUUUCUGUAUUUUUCUUUAUUGUAUUUAAAGAGUAUCUACUGCUCUCUAAGGCUUUUAUAAAUUUAAAAAAUACCUGUUUAAAGCUGAUGUACAUAAUUCUUGCAUAACCCAAUAAAACACUAAUAGAUUUCAUUCGUGCGAGUUUAGUUUAUGCAGGUAGUGCAGUAUCUACCCGCAUCUAUGUCAAUCGCUUGUUAUAUCAAUGAAAAUACUUUCUAAGAUGGCGAAAAUUCCUAGUGAAUUAGAACAAUUUAAAACGAAAUGUGUAAAAUAGUUAGCAUUUUUCGAUGUUAAUAUGUUUUAAGAAUUGACUGAUUUGUAUCGUUGUUUAGGCAUUGUUGUAGAAAUGCCUAAAUUACUUCAUGUAUGUAAUUUUAUAAAUAACACUUAAGAAAAAUACUUAUAAUCUAAAUUAAGUUAGAUUACUGCAUUUUUUGUAUGGUUGUAAAUUAUUCGAAAAACGUAGUUUUCAUAGUAUUAUUAAGUGACAUUUAUGACAGCUAUAGUUAAAUUUAAGUGCCAUUGAUUUCAAUUCUAUGUAUUUUGUUUGCAAAGAAGUUGCCAGCGAAAAAAAUGGUGAUAUAUCCCGCCCAUUUUCGAUUUUGUUUAGUACCUUAGUUUUAAGUUUUUUUUUUACUUUUUGAUGUCAAUUGGUUUAGUCCGCUAUCCAGCGUUUAUGUUAUAACGAUAUCGUCCAGUUAUUAAUAUGGUGCAUUCGAAAUAAAUGGUUAAAAUUCAAAUUUUAGUUUCUUAUGGAAAACCUUUUCGUGUUAACAUUACUGAACGGUAAUAAUGAAUUGAAGUUAGACCUAUGUAAAUAUGUAAAUUAAAUCCUUAUUCAUACGUAUGCAUAAGUAAUUUUUAUAUGACUACAAUACAGGUAUCCCAAGAUCAUUGCUAAAAUGUAAAUAAUCUUGUUAUUUCAUACAAAUUUACGCUGUAAUUAAUGCGGUAGAGAACCUUUGUUUCAUAACUGUACGUAAGAAACAGUAGGACGAUUCUGUAAACAAGCUGAAUUUAACAGGAACACACUUUUUCCACCUCUAUGGUUGGCUCUUUCAGAAUACGGUUGCUUCGGUUUCUUAUUUUCAUUUGUUUUCAUUACUUGCAUUGGACUUGGGACACCAUGUAAGAGGCGAUUAUACAAGGUGUCUUAUAAUUAUGCAUAUCAACGAAGUGUUAUAUUCACUAGUAUAACUUCUACAUCUCUUGGUGUCUAGGAUCUAUCCAUUAUACCAUUCCUAUUAUAAAAUGCUUUUCCGAAUUCCGUAAAUGUCAUUAAUUAAGUAUUAAGUACUGUCAAUCUUAAACAGAUCUUAACAGUAGUAGGCAGCUUGAUUUAGUUUCUAGAACAUGGGUUCGAAGUAAAUAGAACCGUUUCUAAAUUUAUUUUACUUUGACAAUCGCGUUCAUAUUUGCAUACCCCAGUUAGAUAUAAAUAUUUACAAAUCUCUAUUAUACUCUUUAUUUUAUGUUGCUCUUGAUAACAUUUGAAAACAAUAUUUCAUAAGGAUGUGACGACGUAUGCUUGUACGUACGUAUAGUCUAAAAAAAACAUUCAAAUCCGUUUGCUAUACCAAUAUAUUGGUAGAGUGGCAGCGAAUUCGUAGGAUACUUUGUUUUAUUAUUUCUUUGUAUACCGUGACUUUUUUCUAUAGAAUUCAAAUCCAGGCGUUUAGUGAAUUUUUUGCGUUCAGUACCUGUUUAGUGAAACUUAUACCUGGCAGCUGUAUUUACUCUAAUUAAAUUGGGUCAUGCCUUUCCGUCAUUUAUCUUUUUGAUUUAUUGUGUCCACACAGACUAAAAUUUCUAUCAAAAUAAAUAGUUAAGCGAAACACUUAAGAGCUUCUAAAGUCUAGCUAAGUUAUAGAGUAUUUUUUUUUAUAAACAUGACAUAUACGUGUUCCGUUUUGUUAGUACUAUGGUUUGUCAAAAAUUCUAAGCGACCUCUGUAACAAUAUUUUAUGAAAAUAUUGACAGCCCGGGUCCCGCUUAUUUUGACAUUGACAGUUCGAAGUAUCUUUAGUGAAAACGAUCUCGUAUUGUCAAAUUAAAUACCAUAACGUAUUUUUAUUGUUUAAUUAGUGCUUUUUUAAUGUAUCCAUUAUUUUGCGUACAAAUAGAUUGUAAUAUUAAUAUAGCUAUAAGUAACGUUUCUAAUUCCUACAUUCCAAAACCAAGUUCGAUGUAUUUAAUAUAAUUGGAGCAAUUAUUCGUACUUAGAAAUUUGAGAGGUCAUUCAAUAUGUAUAUAUGAUCACCACUGAUUGUGAUUAAAACCACUGCCAUGGAAAUGUUUAACGUAAUACAAAUUAAUGGUCUUGUAUUAAAACUUGAAUAAAACACAAUGGUCCAAAUUUAAUUUAAAUAGUAAAUUUAUUUUUUCUCCCUUAACUCGUAUUUUGACUUUGACAAAGAAAACGACAACCUGAGGCAAAUAGCUGUAUGACAUUAGUACUGCGCGUUGCCGCCAGAGGCGCUGCAAAGUUGUCUUUUCCAUUAUUCUUACAUAUACGUAUGCGUACUAUAUUGCCUUAGUUAUCACAGUAUUAAGCGUUUAAUACUAUCGAUAUUCGCAAAAUACCGUAAAUGAGUUUAUUCUUUAAUUCUCAGUAAUAGUAACUUUUUUUUUUAAUAUGAGACCAUACAGUUCAAUUUGUUCUAAGUGACAAAUGUACCUAGUGUGUUUGUUUAGGUAUAAACGAUGUGCAUAUUGAUGUAUUGUCUGUGGAACAUUUAUAUUAAAUAAUUGCAGUAAUUUGUAAAUAAUUAUUGCGUAUGCGGUCUUGUUUCUGGUUAUACGAUUAUUUUAACUAUUAUCGACCCGUUUAAACUAUACAAGUUCAUAUAGACAUGUUUUGAUUCAACUCCAUGUUUUGUUUGCGUAAAGAAGCAACGAACAAAGUUAUAAAGUUAUUGCCUACAGCUAUAACGGCUUACCUCAAGACUACAUAUAAAGGAUGAUUCUAAGUUCAAACCUGAAUUAUAUCAAUUUGUAUAGGAGAUUAAGCAUUUUCUUUACGAAGCAUUGUUACAUUUCAAAGCUUGCAGAGUCGAAUUUGCCAGCAUUUGAUCCUCAUAAAUAUUCACAUUGUACAUCUUGCUUUGUAUGUUGAAGCUACUAGCGAAAGGUCAAGAUGCUACUCGGAUCUUUGAGAUUGGUAUUAUAGUGCAAAAUGACGUAUUCUAGUUUAUUUUAUUCUUAAUUUGAAUUUUGUGCAACGCCAUUAUAAAAUACAGAGCACUCCCGUCGAUAAGUUUUUUACCCUCGAAAAAAUAAGUACAUAGAUUAUAAUUUCGAUAAUGACAUACACAAUUAUUCGUAUAAUCGGAAACAAUAGAUGAUGGGUUCGAAUGUGUGAAAAAGAAAGUAUUUUAUGCGUAGGCUAAAACAGAAGAGUCCGACUGAAGAUUGUCAUAUUAUAUUAAUUAGUUAAGGACCUAUAAUUUUUAAAUUGUUUAUAUAGAAAUAAAAACAUUCAAUUCAGCAUUGAAAUAAAGUGAU